AUGAGCCCUAUUGGUACUAUUAAGACUUAUCCUAGCAAUCCUCGUGUUGCCAAGGCCCAAAUCGCUGCUGCCUACAAUGGUUUAGAAUUCAACGUUGAGACUUUUGACCUCCAAAAGGACAGAACUCCUGAAUUCUUGGCCAAGUUCCCUAUGGGUAAGGUCCCCGUCUUUGAAUCCGAUAAAGUCAACCUCGCUGAAUCUUCUGCUAUCGGCUACUAUGCUGCCGCUCUCAAGGAGGAUUCUCCUCUUUUGGGCAAGAACGCUGUUGAUCAAGCUUUGAUCUUCCAAUGGGUUCUUUUCUCCGAGACCGAGAUUGCUGCCAACACCUCUGCAUGGUUGUCCCCUCUCCGUGGUUUCUCUCCCUACUUGAAGCCCAAUGUUGAUGCCGCUGCCAACAACCUCAAGCGUGCUUUGGGCGCCUUGAACAAGGUCUUGCUGACCAAGACUUACCUCGUUGGACACCAAAUUACAUAUGCUGAUAUUGCCGUUGUCACUUCUCUCAUUCCUUCUUUCACUCUUGUUCUCGAUAAGGCUGCUCGUGCUGAAUUCAAGAACGUUACUCGUUAUGUCACAACCGUUGCUGCUCAACCCAACUUCAAAAAGUUCCUUGGUGAUGUUCAACUCUGCGAGACUCCUCUCAAGUACACUCCUCCCAAGAAGGAGAAGAAGCCUGCUGCUCCUGCCAAGGAAGCCCCCAAGAAGAAGGAAGCUGCUCCCAAGGCUGCUGAAGCUGAUGCCGAAGAGCCCGCUAAGCCUGCUCCCAAGCCCAAGUCCAAAUUGGAUUUGUUGCCCCCCUCCAAGUUCAUCAUGGAUGCCUGGAAGCGUGAAUACUCCAACAACGACACCAAGGAUGCUAUCAAGUGGUUCUGGGAUAACUUUGAUCCUGAGGGUUAUUCUAUCUGGAAGGUUGAUUACAAGUACAAUGAUGAGUUGACCUUGACUUUCAUGUCCAACAACUUGAUUGGUGGUUUCUAUGCUCGUCUUGAGCGUGCUCACAAGUAUGCUUUCGGUUCCAUGAUUGUUCGUGGCGAGAACAACAACAACACUAUCUCUGGUUACUUUGUCAUCCGUGGCCAAGAAGUUCCUUUCGAGAUCUACGAUGCUGCUGAUUAUGGAUCUUACGAUUUCCAAAAGAUUGAGCCUGCUCAAUACGAGGAGAAGAAGGAAGAGUUCUACAAGUACCUCGCUUGGGAAUUCGAUGAUUGUGUCGAUGGUAAGGUCUUCAAAUAA